CCAUGAGUACCAUAUCUGUCUUGUCUCCCCUAUAUCCACAGCAUAUAGCAUUAGAUACUAAAUGAAUAGGUAAGACCCUACAUUCAAAUACAGAGAUUGAUUGGUUAAUGUUCUGACUUGAUUGAAGUUCUCAAAGGAGGUUAUUAAAGCAUCAUUACAAAGUUAAGACUUAGUUUUCAAGUAUGUUUGUGUGCACAGGCACUGCAUACUGCCAAAUAUUUAACUUGGAUGUGUUCUGAACUCUCGUCAUUGGUAUGCUCUUAAACUUCUAUAUAAGUAGUCUUCUUUUGUUCAUCUGUAAUUUUAUAUGUGUGGAUUUCGUAUUCUCAUUUCUGUAGUAUCAAAACUUUCUGCUCAAGAGAUAAGAAUGUCCGUAACAUUUGCUGUUGUUGUCGAGGAGUUUUGUGACUUUACUCUUCAGAGAUCACAUAUCAUAGUAGUAAUUAUGGCGACUUUCCAACCUUUCAGAAAUAGUCAUGUGAAGACUAGAGCAUCUGUCAGAAAAAGCUUCAGUGAAGAUGUGUUCCAGUCUGUAAAAUCUUUACUACAGAGUGAGAAGGAACUAUGCAGUGUGUCAGGAGAGGACUGUUUAAAGCAGGAUGAACAAGCCAAUUUAACAGAGGUGACAUUUCUGGGCUUUAAUGAAGAGACAGAUGCUGCUCACUUGCAGGAUUUAGCUGCAGUUUCUUUGGAACUUCCAGAUCUUCUGAAUUCACUCCACUUCUGCAGUCUAAAUGAAAAUGAAAUUAUUUGUAUGAAGGAUAUAAAUAAACCAUCAGAUAUAAGCAGUGGUUCCCUAAACCAGAGUCAUCAUUCUGGAAUGCUUUGUGUCAUGAGAGUGUCACCUACAUUACCAAAACUCAGACUUGAUUUUAUCUUUAGUCUUCUAAGUAAAUAUGCUACUGGUAUAAGGUAUACCCUGGACACAUACUUGCAUCAGAAGCACCAACUUGAGACCACUGACGAUGAUGACGACGACACUAACCAGUCCGUGUCUUCCAUAGAGGAUGACUUUGUCACUGCUUUUGAGCAGUUAGAGGAAGAAGAGACUUCAAAGCCAUAUAAUGAUGGAAUAAAUAUUACUACACUAAGGAGCCAGUGUGAUGCUGCUUCUCAGACUUCUGGUCAUCAUUUAGAAACCCAUGAUUUAAAGAUUCUGGUUAGCACUGGACAACAGAAGGCACUGGCUAAACCCUCAUCUUCCUUAGUAAAUGUUAUAGGACGCAAACAACCUUCCAUGAAAACUUCAGUCACAAUGUCAGUUUCAGAGCCUUGGAUCCAAAGGAGUUUCUAUAGGCCAUCUAAUGGUUCAGAUAAAGGUGGUGAUACACAGAAAACAUUUUUUUCUUCUUCUCCUGCCUACUCAUCUGAAUCAGAAUGCUCAAGUCCAAGUCCUGUUAUUUUCUUGGAUGAAGAGGGAUAUCAAAAAAGUUUAAAAGCCAAACUUGAGCUGCCUAAAAUUCCUGUGAUGAAAGAUGAUGUAGAGGAUUCAGACUCAGAAGUAAGUGAAUUUUUUGAUAGUUUUGAUCAGUUUGAUGAACUAGAACAAGCUUUAGAGACUUCUUGUCUGUUUAUAAAAGAUCCUGCUGUCGGAAAGUCAUCACAGAAGAAAGGGCACAAACAUGAAAAAUCUUGUAUGAAUCCUCAAAAAUUCAAAUCUGAUCAGCCAGCUCUUCCAGCUAAUGUAAGAAAGCCAACUCCUCGUAAACCAGAAUCUCCAUACAGUAACCUGGGUGAUGCUCCAGAUUCUCCUCGUCCAGUGAAGGCAUCAGGGGAAGACAGCGGUUUGUUUAGCCCUAUUCGAUCCUCUGCUUUUAGUCCUCUUGGAAGCUGUACUCCUGCUGAAUGUUUUUGCCAAGUGGCUAUUUGUGGAGAUGGAAUUCAUGAAAAUCAUGAUUCUGCUUAUCACACUUAUGAAGAUUAUGCAAAUAGCAUUUCAUGUGAAGUACUAGACUCAGUUCUUCAUACUCAGCAUGGUAAUGCAAUGUCAAACAUUAAUAGUAUUAAAAGGGGAGAAAAUAAAACUGUAGCUUUUAAGCAUGGAAACCUUGAUCAAAAAGGUAAAUAUAAAACUAAAUCUUUAAUGAUUAAAGAUAGUAUUCAGAAAUUUGCAACAGAUCUUGUGGAAAAAAGUUUUGGUAGUGCGUUUAAGGAUUUACAGAAAGGCGUCUCUUCAUGUACCAAUGCAUUGUGCCACUUAGCAAUCAAAUUGACAUCAUCUAUUUUUCAGAUGGCAUUUAAUGAACUGAGAAGGCAACAUGCAUUUUCACUGAAAGAACGUGCCAUUGGUAGCCUGGCUAAUUUUUUGGUGAGUGAAGCCUUAUCAAAUGCCUUCAAAGACUUACAAUAUGUGAAGAAGCAGAUAUUUACAAACACAGUUGCGAGAUUUGCUGCAGAUCUUGCAGAAGAGCUUGUUUUUGAAGGUAUUAUGGAAGUCUGUCAGUUUUCAUAUCCGUCAACACCCGCAUCUCCCCAGGGUCAGUCCUUUAACUUUGAAGACAAAGUAGUGAAAUUGUAUGCAAAAGAUUUGUCUGAAUCUGUAAUACAGGAAGCAUUCAUUGAGCUAUCACAAGUUGAUGUGAUCUUCACAACAAAGGCAGCAGUUAGUGUUUCUACAGGUAACAACAAAUACAUGAAUACAGAAAGGAUCACACCAUCUACACAGACCUUGGCGGUUUCCCCAUGUUUCAGCAAUCAAGAAGUUAUGGUGACAAAACCAAUGCAGGACUAUAAAAAGGAAUACACAGUGCAGCAAGCCUUGUUUUGUACUUCAGGAGUUGUCACUUCCAUACCAGUGCCCUUGGCAGGAAGUGCCCUUCUCCCACAUCAUAUCUCCUCUACUAUUUAUCAUGCAAAGUCUCAUCUGUCAUCUAAUCAUAGCAAUGCAGAUAGCAAAGCAGAUGUUUCCACAAAAAACAAAGAGGAAGUAGCUUGUAUCAGAAAUAUAUGUUUACCUUCAGAACCCAGUCCAGGUAACCAGAAUGACUUUAAACCAACUAAUGAUGAUAUUGAAAUGCAGAAUUCUUCAACAUUAGCAGGUGAUCCUGUGAGUAUUAGCAACUUUUCUGCAGCACUGACACAUACAGUAGUAAAUGAAACCUUAGAGUCAAUGAUAUCAUUCAAAGAUACAAAAACAGUUGAUGAACACACAGAUUACUUAACUAAAACAAGAAAGGGAAAAACCUCUCCUUUUUCCCAUUGUGAUCAAGCAACACAACAGAUUGAAACUAGCAAUAGUGACAUGUUUGCUGAACAGUUAUCUAAAUCUAUUAUUAAGCAUUCCAUAGAUAAAAGCAAAACAAUGGUCCCAAAUAUAGAUAAAAAUGCAGUGUAUGAGGAAGGCUUGCCUGUUCCUGGAGAAGAAUCACAGUUGACAUUGGAAAAGUUUCCAAAAUUUUCUGAUGCUCAAGAUCACUUAUAUCACUGUUCACUUUCAGUUGAAAAGGAUUGUGUCCCAGAAAGUAAAGAUUCUGUGGCUCUUGGAUUUUCUUUAGAGAUGAUACCACCUUGUCUGACAAUGACAAGUCAGAAACCUGAUUUGAAAGAAUUUGCUAAGGAUAAACCAGUGAAAAAACAUACUUCAAAUAAUACAGCACUUGAGCCCUUAUCUUUUGGACAGGAAAGCUCUUUUCGUCAUUCACAGACUUUGUCAUCUACAGUGCUUACUUGUACAGAUGGUUUUCAUGUGGAAGAUAAACAGAAAAUCAGAGACAGAAAUGUAAUACCUGGUACUCCUCCAUCAACUCCUCUAGUACCAUCUCAGGCUAGUUCAGAAUGGGACAUCAAGAAAUUAACCAAAAAGCUUAAGGGAGAAUUAGCCAAAGAAUUUGCACCUGCUACACCACCUUCUACACCUCACAACUCAUCAGUUGGUAGUUUGUCUGAAAAUGAGCAAAAUACUAUAGAAAAAGAAGAGUUCAUGUUGAAACUUAUGCGCUCUCUUUCAGAAGAAGUUGAAAGUAGUGAAGGUGAAGAGCAUCCAGAAGUAGAUGUGAAGUCAGAGAACUCAGGGAAGAAAGUUCAGUUUGCAGAAGCACUAGCUACACAUAUCAUUUCUCUUGCAACUGAGACGGCAGCCUCCCAUUUAGAUCAUGAAAUAACUCAAGAAGCUGAGGUUCAAAGGCCUUCCUUAAAUGUGCAGAGUCAAAGCAGUUUAUUGCCUACUUUUUUAAGCCAUUCAGAUGAAAAUUUACAAACUUGGAAUUUUGCAGGUGAUUUGGCAGCAGAAGUCAUUACAGAAGCUGAGAAAAUAGCAGAAGUUAGGAGCUGUGCACUUUUUAGGCAAAAGAAGAGCAGUUGUCAUGUUGUUGGUGAUGGAGAUAGAUCAGAAGAGAAGUUGAAUAUGGAGGGUGAAGCACAUCCCAGAGAAGUGGAUCCAUUUGUUCUUUCAUUACCACCAAGCUUUUGUAUGUCAGGUUUAACAUAUAAGUAUCCCAGCUGUGAAAGUGUGACAGAUGAAUAUGCAGGUCAUGUUCUCCAAAUACUAAAACAGGAAGGUGGUAAUGAUGAGUUAAUAAUGGAUCAAUAUGCCAAUAGACUUGCUUAUCGCUCUGUUAAGUCAGGAUUGCAAGAAGCAGCUAAGACAGCCAAAAUGAAGUGCAACUCAAAAAUGGUCCCUGUGAAGAGCUCACAGGGGAAAACAAACAGUGAACUCUUGAUGUUCUCAAAUAAAGAGCACCACCAAGAAGUAGAUAAAAAAAAACAAAGAAAAAGAAAUGCAGGCUACCUUUGUAAGGAUCAUACUUAUGAGACACAAGAUCCAUGCAGAAAUGAACUUUCUGAACUCUAUAGUUUUUCAGCUUCUCUUGCUCACAGUAUAACAAGAGAUGUUAAAAAAGAGUUGACAACACCUGCCGUUGACUUGACAAAAUCCUUAACAGAUUCUUGCAUUUUUGAAAAAUCUGUAUGUGUUGAAGAUACUGAAUGUCUCCUUAAAUCAGAAUUUCCUAAGUCUUUUCAGCCUUCCUCACAAAAUCAUGACUUUUAUCAUAGUACUGGCAGCUUAAAUGGAUAUAGUUGUGGAGAGAAUGUUGUUCAAACUAUAGAACAGUAUGCUAAAAAAGUAGUGGAUGAUACUUUAGGACUAAGUCUAGGAUCCACAGUUUUCCAAGUCUCUGAGACCACAAAAUCAGCAGAUAGAAUCACUUAUGCUGAAAAGUUGUCACCUCUUAUAAAUCAAGCUUGCAGAUAUUGUGACCUUAAAGAACUCCAUGAUUGUACUGGAAAUUCAUCUGAGCACUUUUUUAGACUGGGGUCAUGUGUUAGUAGUAAACCAGCUUCAAAUCCAAAGUUAACCAACAUCUAUCAGAAAUCCCGAAUUUUUCAUCUUGAUGUCCCUCAGAUUCAUGUAAAUCUUGAUAAAAAGUCAGUGCUGGCUGAGAAGAUAGUUACUGAAGCUAUUGAAAAAGCAGAGAGAGAGCUGAGCAAUGCCAGUUUGGCAGCUGAUAGUGGAAUUGGACAAGAUGGUAUUAGCUUUGCUGAAAGCCUUACCACAGAAAUAAUGACAUCAGCCAUGAAGAAUGUUGGACAUACUGUCAGCAGUUCAAAAGAAACAGAAGACUUUCAGUCAACUGAGUCAUUUAGUAGCCAGCAGAUGAACCUCAGUGUUGGUGAGGACAGCACUGGUAGCUGGUCCAAUUUAAGUUUUGAGGAUGAUCACCAGGAUGAAAGCAGCAGUUUUCAUCAUCUAAGUGAAAGCAGUAAUGGUAACAGCAGUAGCUGGAGCAGUCUUGGUUUAGAAGGAGAUUUGUAUGAGGACAAUUUAUCCUUUCCUACAUCAGACAGUGAUGGACCGGAUGAUAAAGAUGAAGAGCCUGAGGAUAUUGUAGAAGGUUUGGAACGAAAUGGAAAGACUCUCCUAAUUACAAAUAUUGACAUGGAGCCAUGCACAGUAGACCCCCAGCUAAGGAUUAUUCUUCAGUGGCUCGUUGCCUCUGAGGCUGAAGUUGCAGAACUAUAUUUUCAUGACUCAGCAAAGAAGGAGUUUAUGCUACUUUCAAAACAAUUGCAAGAAAAAGGAUGGAAAGUAGGAGACCUCUUACAGGCUGUGCUUAAAUACUAUGAAGUGGUGGAAAAAACUUCCAGUGAAGAGAGAUGCAAGUCGCUGUUUGACUGGCUCUUGGAAAAUGCAUAGAACACACCCUAAAUCAAUAUAUUUUAUUAUUUGUUUUCAGAGGGGAAGAAGCAGAUUAAUAUGUUUAGGUUAAAAUUCAAAUAGUGAAUAUUAAUGUUUUAAGUGAAUUGGAAGGAAAGUAAAUAUAGCUUUUAAAGUGCUUUCUGUCAUCAGUGUAUAUAACUCAGUUCUUACUUUUGUAAUCUGUCAAAAUACGAUCUCCACUUACUCUUCUAUACACAUGUAGUUUGUUAAGAGCCUAAGAACAUGUCUGUAGAGGAAGGUCUACUAUAAGGCUUUCAGGGUAUUGUCAGACAGAAUUCUUUUUGGAUCCAAAUAGUGCUGCUUGAAACCACACUGAGGUGGCUAGGAGGUUCCAGUGAUAAAGAGUUAUAAUUUUUCUUCUUUGCAAACAAAUGGCAUCUAACAGCUCCCCUAACACCAAAUAUAAAGCUGAGGCUGAAUUUUUGUUUGUUUCUGGUAGAUUCUUAGUCUUUUUGUUCCAUUUUUAAAAAUCGGUUGUAUUUCUAUAGUUCAACUAUUGGUAGCUUUUUUGAUUCCCCCAAACUGUCUAAUUUCUAUAACAGAAACAUUAGUGUUUUAGGUUUCUGUAAACACUAAGUGAUAGUUUCCCAAGCUUUCCAUCAAAUGACAUUAUUUGUUACUGCAGCAAAAUGCUGGAAUGCGAGUGAGUGAGCCAGUGUGUGUGUGCAUGAAGAUCUUUAACCUUGACACUGGUUUGUUCCAACCUCUUUUAUUUUAGUUUGCUUAGUUAGAAACCCACUGUUAACAUUAAAAGGUGCUGAAAAUAAAAUGUCUUUAAAGAUUGUGCAGUAAGAAUUUUUGUCUUUCUGACUUACCCUAUAAAUGAAAAUUCAAGUGGCAAAACACAUUGAAACUUUAAAAAUUAAUAUUAAUACUGAAAUGCAUUCAGAGUUUAUUGCAGAUUUUGGGAAAAACUCCCCACUUUACCAAGAAAUUUUUUUCUAGAAAAAUUGGGAUUUUCUCCCACAAUAAAAUGUUUCUUCACUGUUUUGUAAAGUUCCCUGACAUGCUCUUUCUGGUCUUGACAUUUCCCCCUACUUUUUCUUUUCAAACUGCAAGUCCAUGUGAAUAAGAGGACCAAGAUUGUGUCUUGGUUUUGUAUGUGUAGGUAUGUGUGUGUAUGUUUUGGUUCUUCCACUAGUAGAUUUUAUAAUCCAGGGUAAGUCACUUUUGGGUGUUGCCUUUUCUUUUUCCCAAGCAUUGACUAUUCUAGAAACUGUACAAAAUGUAGAAGACAUAGCACCUGCCCAGGAUGUAUGGAAUCAGGGCACUUAUAUUCAUUUUAAUUAAUAAUUAUGGAAGAGAAAUGUGUUUUAUAGUGAAAAAUUCAAAUUUGCUUUAGAAAAAUGCAAAAGCUAUUUAAACAUUUUGAGGUUACAUUGUAAGAUUUGGUUUUUCUCAAUUUAAGGUAGAGACAUAGGGUAAAACCUUAAACAUAAAUUUUCUUCAGGUAUUUUAAGGAGAAAUGCAGGAAAUGUGUAACUGGAGGUGUUUCUACCUUUAGCUUUUCAGAACUGAGAUAUUGCAGCACCAGACUGGGUUUUGCUCUUGUUAAUUGUAAGGUAGAUUAAUUGAUCACCAAGUUUAGAUCACGUUUUUAUAAGUAACUAUCAUAUUGUAUUUAAUUUGGGUGUAUAUACAGGUUUGAUUGACAGAAAAACUGAGUUCUGAAUGUCUUUUAAACUAAAGUGAUACCAAUAUAUUGGUUUUUCUAAAAUUUUGUGUUUGAAAAUGCUUAUGAUUACUUCUGUUGAUGUAUAAUUAUUUUGAGGUAAGGUUUCCCUCAUACUCUUUUUUUUCUAUGUAUUUUGCUGGAGCUGUGCUGGGUUCAUAGUUACCUUAUUUAGCCACUGGAACUCCACACCUGCAUCAAUUUGGUGCAGGGGCUUAGAGAAAAAUACUAAGUAUUAGCAAAUGAAAAGAAGUGUGAGACAAGCUUCCUCAGAGAGAGAGAGAGAAAACAUUUGCUUCUAGAACAGUAUCUUCUAAUCAAGUACAUUCUAAACUUAACUUUCUUUAAAGGCACUUUGUGAUUUUUCCAAAGACAUAAUAGAUCUGUUUGGUUGCUCAUUUUCUGACUUAUUUUUAUUACGAAUCUGCUUGACAUAUUUAUAUUGUUACAUUGUAAUAUUACCAUUCUGUACAUUUUGGUCAUCAUGUAGUAUGUCUUAUUCAGAACUUUUAAAAUUGUGAUGUGCAAUGAGAUGAAUUAUCUGUUUAUUAUUUUUAAAACCAUUGUGGGAUCUGCAGAAAGAAAGUGAGACCUCUGAUAAGGGAUUUUAAGAACAUUAUUUGAGAUUGAAAUGUGACAAUUCUUUCAUGUUCUUUUUUUCUUAAGGCAAGUUUAAAUUACAUUUAUAUUUUUGGCAUUAUUAAUGUUAAUUUUGAAAAUAUUUCCUGCUUUAUUCAAAAGGAAUAAUCUAUUCAUAAAUCACCGAAGAAAAUGGCAACAUCUCUUGGAUGGUUUGAUAUGAUUUAAUGGCAGUAUAAAAACCUUUCAGAGUAUUCACUCAGUGAACAUGUGAUAUCUUUAUACCUUGGAAAAUGUUCUACUUACCCUUACAGAUAUAUGAUGGGAGUGAAUUCAGUUUAUAAUACUUUACUCUGUUUAAAUAAGGGUUUUAUAUUGUUGGUAGGAGAAUUUAAUUACUUAUUAAGUACACUAUGUAUAAAGUGAAAGACAGGUUGCACAUUUGACAUUUGGUGGCUUUGACACUAGUGCACAUUGCCCAAAUGCAAGGUUUAAUCUCCACUUGUUAUUGGAAUCCAGAAUGAAAUGUCUAGUUAAUUAUCUAGUUAAUAUUAUUAUUCCACAAUUCAUAUCAUCAGUUUCCCAUCACUAUAUGAUUUCACAUUGCAUGGUGUUUGAAGAAAACCAUGCAGAAUUAAAAAAGAUUAUGCAUUCACACUCGAUUUGGGUAUCACUUUCAGUAUAAACCCUGUCCACCUGUCACCAGCACAAAAGAGUCAGCACGAGUGGGGGUUAGGAAAGUUAAAGAGAAACGUAGCUUUUACUCAUUUACUGUAUUCUUGCUGCAGAGGCGCAGAUACAGUGUUAGUCACUCCUGCCACUUUAUUUAUUUAUUUUUCAACCAUGUACAUUCCUUUCAUGAAGUUAGAACUGUAGGUCUAGAAGUUCUCAUUCUGUUUUUGUGGUAAUGUUUGAAUACUAUUUAAUACCAGAUUUUAAUAUUGCUGGAUUUGCUACCUUUGGUUACUUGUGCAGUGUUGAAAGUAAUCUACAUUCUUGUUUAAUUACCAGGUAGAUAGCAAAAGCAGUUUUGAAUAAUUAUAGCUGUUUAUUUGGCUGUGCUCAGUUAGUACAUUAAGAUCUUGUACUGUGUAACAGUAACUUUUUUUGUUCUCCAGUAAUUUAAUGUUCACUUACCAGAAUUUGAACUACAGGAUGCACUAGAAUUUUGUUUUAGCA